AUGCUGUGUUUGGUGUUGCAGAUUGUCUCUGCCAAACAGCCAAUUAGAUGCAUUCAAAGAGAGAGGGAAGCACUCCUUCAAUUCAAGGCUACACUUGUGGAUGACUACAACAUGCUUUCAUCAUGGACCACUCCAGAUUGUUGCCAAUGGAAGGGAAUUCGUUGCAGCAACCUCACUGCCAAUGUUCUCAUCCUCGACCUUCACGGAGAGUUUAACUAUUACUAUGCUUUCCGUGACUACUACUAUGAAGGAGUUUUUGACAAUUAUUUACUCCGCGGUGAGAUCCACAAGUCAUUGAUGGAGUUGCAACAAUUACAGUAUUUGAACCUCAGUUCGAAUAAUUUUCUAGAUAGUCAUAUCCCAGAGUUCUUCUCUUCUCUUCACAACUUGAGAUCCCUUGAUCUCUCACGUUCUCAUUUUUGUGGAAAAAUUCCAAGUCAAUUUGGGUCUCUCUCACAUUUGAAAUACUUAAAUCUUGCUGGGAAUUCUUUGGAGGGUUCAAUCCCUUAUCAACUUGGAAAUCUCUCCACGUUGCAGCAUCUUGAUCUCAGUGGCAAUCAUUUAGAAGGAAAUAUACCAUCUCAGCUUGGGAACCUGUUCAACUUGCAAAAGCUUUAUCUUGGAGGAUAUGACAAUGCUCUCAAAAUGGAUGAUGGGAAUCCCGGUGGAGGUCAGUGGCUGUCUAAUCUCACUUCUUUAACCCAUCUUCACUUGCUCUCUCUAUCUAAUCUCAACGGUUCUCAUUAUUGGCUGCAAAUGAUUGGCAAGCUUCCAAAACUAAGAGAACUAAGUUUAUCUGAUUGUAGCCUUUCCGAUCAUUUUAUCCUUCCAAUGAGGCCUUCUAAAUUCAACGUUUCUACGUCUCUUUCUGUCUUUGAUCUCUCUCACAACACCUUCACAUCAUCCGUCAUAUUCCAAUGGGUGUCAAACAUUACUUCCAAUCUUUCUGAGCUUGAUCUUCGUGGUAACCUCUUGGAGGCUCCCCCCUCAAAUCAUUUUGCCAUGGUAAUGAAUUCUCUUCACCUGGUUGACCUCUCCUUUAAUAGAUUCAAGGAUGAGGUUUUGAAAUCCUUCAUGAAUAUAUGCACCCUGUGUUCUUUAUACCUGCGUGGCAACAAUUUGACAGAAGACCUUCCAUCAAUUCUUCAUAAUUUGUCUAGUGGCUGUGUUAGAAACUCACUAGAAGAGUUAGAUCUAUCAUAUAAUAACAUCACUGGCUCUUUAACUCACCUCUUAAUAUUCUCAUCUUUAAAAUGUUUAGAUCUUUCUCGAAAUCAACUAAGUGGAAGGAUACCACCAGGUACCACAUUGCCAUCUAAAAUGGAGUUUUUGUCACUCAGCUCAAACUCUUUAGAAGGUGGAGUUCCAAAAUCAUUUGGGAGCACAUGUACUUUGAAUUCGUUGGAUCUUUCUUAUAAUAGUUUGAAAGAAGAAGUAACAAGGAUAUUUAGUCACUUCUCUGGGUGUUCUAGAUAUUCACUGCGAGAAAUAAAUCUCAAUGGCAACAAAAUCAAUGGCACAAUAUCUGACUUCUCAAUGUUUUCGAAUUUCAAAAGAGUUUGGCUAUCAGGGAAUCGAUUAAGUGUGAAGAUACCUAAAAGCAGCAUAUUAUCAUUCGAUCAAUUGGAGAAAGAGCGUGGAGUUCCAAAUUCAUUUCAAAAUGCGGGUACUUUGCAAUCACUGCUCCUGUCCAACAAUAGUAUAAGUGAAGAGCUUCCAACGAUAAUCCAUCAUUUGUCAAGAUAUGCUAGAUACUCCUUGCAAACAUUACAUCUGAGCAUGAAUCAAAUCAACGGCACUCUGCCCAACCUCCGUCCACUGCUCCCAUCUUUGAAAAAAUUGUAUCUUAGUGAAAACAGGCUUAAUGGGACCAUUCCUAAAGAUGUUCAAUUUCCAACAGAACUAAAGAGUUUAGUUUUGAAUUCAAACUCUAUGAAAGGUGUAAUCACUGACUCCCACUUUGCUAAUAUGUCAAAGUUAAAUAGGUUGGAGUUGUCUGAUAACUCUUUGGCCUUGGCAUUUACCCACAAUUGGGUCCCACCAUUUCACUUGUCCAAAAUCAGAUUGAGAUCUUGCAAGCUAGGUCCAGCGUUUCCCAAAUGGUUGCAAACACAAAAUAACUACAAAAUUAUUGACAUUUCUGAUGCUGGAAUAUCAGAUAUUGUUCCACGUUGGUUUUGGGCUAAAAUAGCGUCGCAAGAGUGGAUGGAAAUGAAUAUUUCACACAACAAUCUCAAAGGUGUAGUUUCAAAUUUUCCACUAAAGAAUCCUCAAAAUUCUCUAAUUCUUGCAUCGAAUCAAUUUGAAGGUCCAAUACCACCAUUUCUACGACGUUCAACGUUUCUUGAUCUAUCAAACAAUAAAUUUUCAAAUUCUCUUUCAUUUUUAUGUGCCAGUGGUGUAGCCGAUACUUUAUACAGUCUAGACCUUUCAAACAAUCAAUUAUCUGGACAAAUUCCAGAUUGUUGGAGCCAAUUCGAGUCACUAGUCUAUCUAGAUUUGAGUCAUAAUAAUUUUUCAGGAAAGAUUCCUAAUUCAAUAGGAUCACUUCUUCAACUUCAAGCACUGCUAUUGAGAAACAAUAACUUAACAGAGGAAAUUCCUUUCUCGUUGAGAAAUUGCACAAAGUUAGUGAUGAUAGAUAUGGCAGAAAAUGGAUUCUCAGGACUUAUCCCUACUUGGAUUGGAAGCACGUUGCAAGUGUUGCAAAUUUUAAUCUUAGCAAGGAAUCAAUUCUUCGGAAGUUUGCCAUUACAAAUUUGUUAUCUGAAAAGCAUUCAACUUUUGGAUCUCUCACUCAAUAAUUUCUCUGGACAAAUUCCUAAAUGCUUCCAAAAUUUCACUUCAAUGGCUCGAAAGACUCCCUCGAAGGAUCAUCCAAAUCAUUUAUAUUUUUUCAACGCUAAUUAUAUGAGGGGAAAUAGGUCUUAUGAUUUGAAUGCAAUCUUAAUGUGGAAAGGUGCGGAAGAAAUGUUCACGAAUUAUGGGCUUUUCCUUUUAAAAAGCAUUGAUCUCUCUAGCAACAACUUCUCAGGAGAAAUUCCAGCAGAAAUAGAGGAUUUAUUUGCAUUGAUUUCAUUGAAUUUAUCAAGAAACAAUUUGAGAGGAGAAAUUCCUUCAAAUAUUGGAAAGCUUGCAUCACUUGAAUUUCUUGACUUAUCAAGAAACCAAUUUGUUGGUUCAAUUCCAUGGAGUCUUACUCAAAUUGAUCGACUCACCAUGUUAGAUUUGUCGCAUAACCAUCUAAGAGGAGCAAUUCCAACUGGUACACAAUUACAAAGUUUCAAUGCUUCCAGUUAUGAAGAUAAUUUUGAUCUUUGUGGGGCGCCACUUGAGAAAUUGUGUGUUGAAGGGGAACCACCGCAAGAACCAAUUCAAGAGAAAGAUGAUUCGCUCUUCACUCGUGGAUUUUACAUUAGCAUGACAUUUGGAUUUGUUAUAGGCUUUUGGGGGAUCUUCGGCUCAAUCUUGAUUAAGCGUUCUUGGAGGCAUGCUUAUUUCAAGUUCUUGAACAAUUUCAUAGACUCUGUUUAUGUCAUGGUUGCAAUUAAACUUAUCAAGUACAGGCGUUGAUACAGAGCAUUGCUGGUAAUAAUGUUUUAUUAUCCUUGUCAUUUUGUAUGCUUAAUUAUGCUUCUUUACGCCAAAUAGACAUAAUUUUGCUACUGUCAAGGUUUUUUCUUAAUAAAAAAUUUCUAUAAUUGUUUUCUAAAUAAUAGCUUUCAAUAAGAAAUAACCUACAUAAUUUUAUGGUAAUUAUAUCGUCUUGACAAAUUAUUUAUAAAUACUAAUUAAUUUAACCAAAAGUUUAACAAUUUUCAUACUAGAUAAGUUUUCACUGUGUAUCCUUAAAUACACAUUAAUUUAUUUUUCUGUUCAUAAUUUUCUUUCCUCUUUUUUUUUUUUUUUAUCUUCUCUCAUUUUUCUUAAUCUUUGUAUUGUUUUUCACAAUUUCAGUAAUUACUUUUCAUUUUUAAGAUUUUUUAUAUUAUGUGUUUUAAAGCUGAUGAGUUGCGAGGUAAUAUCUAAUCUAAAUUAUAACUUAGUUAUUUUUCAAUUCUUGUAGCUAAUCCAAUGAAAAAUAUCUUUCAAUAGUUAUAAAAAAAAUGUUGAGAUGGAGAUUAAUUCAUGUAAAAAAAAAGUUGAAAAAAUGCUUUCAGUUUUUAUUUUUUAUUUUCAAACAGGAAAAAAAAUGUAAUAUAAUAACAUUAAUAAAAGUUACUAUUAAUUGAGUCAUAUUUUUAAAAUAGUAUGAUAUUGACAAGGACUAAAUAUUACAAAAAACUUGUAUAAAAAAAAAUUAGUGUAAAAACUAAUUUAUAAAUAAGUUUUAACUAAAAGAACUAAAUAUGUAUU